AUGUGGAUGAAGCAAAUCAUCAGUCCGAGUACUCGUCAGCUAGCAAAAGGGAAAAUGAGCAAACCUUCCCACAGAGUAAUGCUUACGAAGCUCUUCUUCUACCUUAAUUUUCUUUUCUGGCAGCACCUUGGAACUCAACUCAAAUUCCAGGCUAGAGCUGAUGCAGUACAGCCGGCUGCAAAUGGCACCACUACUACAGUGGAGCCACUACUCCCACAGAAUGAAGUGUCUACUCUCACAGACGUUAUAUUCAAGUUGGGGGUAGAUUCACCGUCGAAUAUAACUAGAACAUAUUGCACGCUUCCUAUCCCCACUAACGGUAUUUCAAUCAGAUGUAAUUGUUCCUACAAGCAAAACACGGAAUGCCAUAUCAGAAGCAUUUCCUUGUACAAAUCAGGUUUAACUGCAGUUAUACCAGAAGAAGUGGGUGCUCUUCGGUACUUGACGGAUCUGGACCUAUCCAACAGCAAGCUUCAAGGCCCAAUACCAGCUGCAUUGGGAGACUUGUAUGAUCUCGAAUAUUUGGAUCUAUCACGGAAUCAACUGACCGGCUCAAUACCAGACUUGGGGAGCUUGCGAAAUCUUCGUUUCCUGUAA